AUGUUAAAGGCGGAAUUAUUAUGUCUUUUAAAAGAUAACAAACCAACCAAGAUCCGAUACGUCAUUGAUGAAAUAGCGUUAGAACAUGGACACAGAUUUAUACGGUUAGCGCCUUACCAUUGUAAAUAUAAUGCAAUUAAGUUGGUGUGGGCCCAAAUUAAGGGAUAUGCUGCAAGGCAGAAUACAGAACCCCCAUUUACCACAACAAAAAUGCUAAAAAUUUUAGAAAAAGCUUGUGAACAUGUGACUAAAGAAGAAUGGGAAAAGGUUGUAAAUAGAACUAUUAAAUUAAUAAAGGACGAUUAUGAAAUAAAUGUGAAAAUAGAUAAUAUUUUAGAAAAAGAACUUAUAAUUAAUGUGAGUGACGAUAGCAGUGAGAGUGAAAGCAGCAGUAUCGACGACUCCGAUUAA